GGCGACGCGGGAGGAGGGGAGCUCGGAUGCGCUCUCCAUCCAUUAAGAGACAAAGAGCAAAUUGCCUUACUUUAAAGUAAAACGCUCCGGCUAAUGAAGGUGCCCGCCGCCGCCUGCCAUGCUCUCCAGGUAGGACAUGUGCGUCCUCGGGGCAGGCGCACCUCAGCAGCUGGGAAGCAAAAGGCUCACCUGAACAUGGAGAGAUAAGACGCUGUCUGGCAGGCCCCAGAGACAGAGUCGCCCCCGCUGGGCGAGCCCCGGGCGUCAAGAUGGACCGCAACCGAGAGGCCGAGAUGGAACUGAGGAGGGGCCCCAGCCCCAGCAAGGCUAGCAGGAGCCCCGAGGCGGACGGGGACAAGGCCCUGAGCCACAGCUGCUGCAUCUGCGGCAAGAGCUUCCCGUUCCAGAGCUCCCUGUCGCAGCACAUGCGCAAGCACACGGGGGAGAAGCCCUACAAGUGCCCCUACUGCGACCACCGGGCGUCCCAGAAGGGCAACCUGAAGAUCCACAUUCGCAGCCACCGCACGGGAACGCUGAUCCAGGGCCACGAGCCCGAGGCCGGCGAGGCGCGCGUGUCCGAGGGACUGGACGGCUGCACCAGCCCCACGAAGAGCACUUCGGCCUGCAACCGGAUCCUGAACGGGGCCACCCAGGUGGACAACAGCAAGAUCCUGCUGCGGAGCAGCAAGAAGGAGGCGGAGGGGGCACCCGGCGCCGCGGAGCAGGGCCAGGCGGCGGCCGGGCAGUGCGCCUUCUGCAAGAGCAGGUUCGAGCGAAAGAAGGCCCUGGAGCAGCACGUGCAGCAGGCGCACAAGCCCUUCAAGUGCCGGCUGUGCAGCUACGUGACCCUGCGGGAGGAGUCCCUGCUGAGCCACAUCGAGAAGGACCACAUCACGGCGCAGGUGCCCGGCGGCGAGGCGUACGCGGAGAACGGCAAGCCCGAGCUGCCCCCGGGCGAGUUUCCCUGCGAGGUGUGCGGCCAGGCCUUCAGCCAGACCUGGUUCCUGAAGGCGCACAUGAAGAAGCACCGGGGCUCCUUCGACCACGGCUGCCACAUCUGCGGCCGGAGGUUCAAAGAGCCGUGGUUCCUGAAGAACCACAUGAAAGCGCACGGCCCGAAGGCGGGGAGCAAGAACAAGCCCAGGAGCGAGCUGGACCCCAUCGCCACCAUCAACAACGUGGUGCAGGAGGAGAUGAUCGUGGCCGGCCUGUCCCUCUACGAAGUCUGCACCAAGUGCGGGAACCUGUUUACAAACCUGGACAGCUUGAACGCGCACAACGCCAUCCACCGCAGGGCGGAGGCCGGCCGGCCGCGCGCCCUGGCCGGGGAGGGCGCGGCGCCCGGCCCCGGCGGCGACUCCCAGCAGCUCUUCCUUCAGUGCCUGAACCUGCGCCCGGCGUCCGUCGCGCCCGCCCGCGGGCCGGCGGGGCGCCGGGUGGCCGAGCUGGACCCGGUCAACAGCUACCAGGCCUGGCAGCUGGCCACCAGGGGCAAGGUGGCCGAGCCGGCCGAGUACCUCAAGUAUGCCGCGUGGGACGAGGCGCUGGCGGGGGACGUGGCCUUCGACAAGGAGAGGCGCGAGUUCGUCCUGGUGAGCCAGGAGAAGCGCAGGCGCGAGCCCGAGCCCGGCGCGCAGGGCCCCCCGCGCAAGAGGGCGGGCGCGCCCGCGGACCCCGCGCCCGGGCUCCCGGAGCCCCGGCCGGCCGCGCGCCCCAGCCGCCGCGCCGCCGCGCCCCCGGGCCACGGCAAGUCGUCGGAGUGCUUCGAGUGCGGCAAGAUCUUCCGCACGUACCACCAGAUGGUGCUGCACUCGCGGGUGCACCGCCGCGCGCGCCGCGACCGCGAGCGGGACGGCCCCGGGGACCGCGCGCCCCGCGCCCGCUGCGGCUCGCUCAGCGAGGGCGACUCGGCCUCGCAGCCCAGCAGCCCCGGCUCGGCCUGCGCCGCCGCCGACUCCCCGGGCUCCGGCCUGGCCGACGAGAGCGGAGAGGAGGGCGCGGCCCACCCCGCACCAGGGGCAAAGCCACGCCGCUGCUGCUUUUCUGAGGAGGUAGCAUCGACUGUGCUCACCAACGGGGCCCAGAGUCUCACACUUGGAAAUAACCCAUCAGGAAAAGACGCGGGCGAGCCCCGCGCCGGGAUCGCAGCUUCUGUGUCCGCACUUGAAAACGGCAGCAGAGGGGCUUCCACGAGACCAGAGCAGCCUCGGUUCUCUAGGGACUUGCAGAUGCCAGCGUUCCACCCCAGGCAGGAGGCCCCUGGCCCCAGGCAUGCUGCAGGCUUCUCUUCCAGCUCCCAUCAGACUUUUCCGGAACGAGCAGACCCACAGCUCUCCUCCGAGAGCCAGGCCAACCCCGCGAAGGAAGAGAAACUGUCCGAUUUGCACAACAAGGAGCCUGCCGGGGGAGGGAGAAGGGCGCCGGCCCCGGACCUGAUCCCGCUGGACCUGAGUGAGCGGUCGACGCGGGACGACCCCAGCCGUAAGGAGCUGGCCUCCUCCCUGCAGGCCGCCCUGGCCGUCCACCCGUGUCCUUACUGCAACCACAAGACCUACUACCCCGAGGUCCUGUGGAUGCACAAGCGAAUCUGGCACAGGGUCAGCUGCAACUCCAUGGCCCCCCAGUGGAUUCAGCCCAACGGUUACAAAAGCAUCAGAAACAACUUGGUUUUCCUUUCCCGGAGCGGGCGCACCGGCCCCCCGCCUGCCCUUGGGGGCAAAGAGUGCCAGCCUCUGCCCAUCUCUCGGUUCACGCGCACUCAGGUGCCGGGCGGGGCGCCGGGGCCCAAAGGCAGCCCCUCGCCCCUGGGCGCGACCACGAAAGCCGCCAGCCUGCCUCGGAGCAAGGAGAGCCCUGCCCCCGGGGGCCCCUGUGCGCUCUGGGCGCCCGGCCCCGACGGGCAUCGGCAGACCAAGCCCGGCCUGGGCCCCGAGCUGCCCGGAGCUCCGGCCCAGCUACCCCCGCCCAAGCCCAGCAAGCCGGAAGCUGGCCCCAGACCCGGGCCCGUGGCGGGCGGCGGUGGCUUCAGCAGAAGUGCCCCCCCGACGCCCACCGUCAUCACCCGCGCGGGCUCCCAGCCCCCGGCCAACAGCAGGCUGGGGGACAAGUACCUCACCCCCCCGGCCGGAGCCGGCCUUGGCCCCCCCAGUAAGCACAGUGCCCCAGACCCCCCGAGAGCCAAGUUCAGCCCCCAGCCUCAGGGUCAGCCACAAGGGAAGGGCGACGGGGGCCCCCCUCUACCUCCCCGAGAACCCCCCUCCAAGGCUGGCUGCGGAGCGGGCCCCAGAGGGAACGCGGCCGUCCUGCACACCAUCAAGCCGGAGCCGCCGUCCGAGGGCCCCGAGAAGCGCCUGGACUUCCUCAAUGUCUUUAAGACGUACAUUCCAAAGGACUUCGCUGCCCUCUACCAGGGCUGGGGUGCCAGCGGCCCAGCGCUCGAGCACAGAGGGACGCUCCGGACACAGGCCCACCAGGGAGACUUCGUCUGCGUGGAGUGUGGGAAGUCCUUCCACCAGCCCAGCCACCUCAGGGCCCACAUGCGGGCUCACACAGUGCUCUUUGAGUCUAAUGGCCUCCGAGGUGCUGACAUCCACGCCACCUCUGCAGACACCCCCAAACAAGGGAGAGACCAUUCUAAUGCAGAUACCGUCCAGACAGUGCCUCUCAGAAAGGGAAGCUAAAGACACACUUGCAAGUACCCGUGCCCUGUGGCAGCGUCAGCAGACCCCCCAUGGACGCCCUGGCAGCCUCCCGACCGCGACCCUGACCGCCCCGUGGAAACCCCUGGAGGACUCCCCACCAGACACCUCGGAUCCGAGAGCCGCUGGGCUGGAGCGGAAACUGGAGGGGGAGCCUGUCCUUGUCACACGUUUAAAACCCAACGAAGACGCUCUGCUCUAGAAUUACGUGCAGGUGGUCUGUAUGCACACCCGUGCUCACCCACUGCAGUCCCGUGUUCUCUUACAAUGAACAGUGGUAUUGGCAGGCAUGGUAGGGGCACAAGGCAUCUAUCUUGUUCAAGACAAGUUUGAGACACUGGAAAAGGUUCCCGUGCGCAUGGGACAGAGUGAAGCCGCUUAGCACUGUAACAGAAGCCACCAGUGCUCAGAGGACGGGGGGUGACAUCAGCACACAGAGUGGAGGGUCAGGUUGACAGCGCCCUCGCGCGCAGCCCCUCCUUGGCCGGUGGGUGCUGAGGAGCGCCCCACUCGCGAAGACGGCCGCUGGGGCGCUGGGGAAGAGGGCUGGAUGGAGAGGGUGGGUGGGGGGACCCUCAGGGCCCCGUGGUCCCACCACGUCCGUGUCCCCUUGGGGCUGGUUGCAUUUCCCAUGCGCCGCACCUCCCUCCGAGUGUGCGCGGUGAGUCCGGCAGCGGAGACACAUCCAGGGGAGCCUUCGGUUCUGUUUCAGAAAAGAGAGCUAGCAGAACACUAAGAAAAGCAGGCUUCUUUGUUUAUUCUCAGGACCUUUUGGUAACAGGGCUAUAUUCUGCAAACUGCUUACAACGGAAGACUGCCCGUCUUAACAAAUUAUCUAGCCACUGAUUCCGCCCCCCAUUGGACCCCCUCUUUGGUCCCGGCAGGAGAAUCCUGGAGCAGAUGGGGGCCAGGUCACCAGGGUCCUGCUGCUCCAGGGCCACCUGUGCUCCCUCCCUCCCUCCCUGCCACCCCCAUCAGUCCCAGCAAGUUAAUGUCUUGUCGUCUUGGUCCGGGGCCUCCACUGGGACGAGUCCCUUUGUCCCCAGAGCAUGGAGCCCCCCCGGCCCGUGGGUGGGGGCGGCUUCAUAUACCUCUUCGUCAGUCACACAGGUGCAAGUUUUAGUGGUGGAGGGGUGGCUUAAGGCCCGUCACAAAGGAUCUUCAGCCUUGCAGUGUAUGCAGUUAAAAUUGUAUUCCACAGAUAGAGAUAUUUUCUUUUCCUGUUACCGUGACACUAUGUGUGAUGGUAAUGUUUCUGAGAGUUUCAGAUUUUUGCACAUAUGAUUUUAUGCAUUAUCAAAAAGUUACUGCUGCCUUGAAUGAAGAUGUUCUGUGAAAUUUUUUGCAAAAGCUUUACUAGGUUUUUUUUAAUUGUGAAGUUUUGUAAAGGCAGGAAGUGGAUUAAAACGAGCAUGCGAGAUAUAUUUUUCAAAGAAGCAAUAAUUUUACAUGUACAGAAAUUAUCCUAACCUUUAAUACCGGUGAGAGGGACAGUUUACUUAAUACCAUAACAGAUUAGUGCAGUUUUUGUAGAAAAUGGGCUUCUGAUACAAAGACUUGUUUAAAUACACACACACACACCCCCUAAAGUGUGGUUUUCCUGUUCUAAUGAUUUGUUGAAUUAUAUUAUUAUUAUUGUUGUUACUGUUUUGUUGUUGUUUUUAGUUAAUAUUUGGUUCUGGAUUUUACUUGUUCCUGAAUUUAAAUUACUUGACUGUUCAGGUUACCUUGCAACAAAUGCAAACAAUGCAAUGUACCUGUCUAGCUUACACACACACACACACACACACACACGCACUUAUCCAUAUACGUGCGUGUGUAUAUAUACAAUUUUUACUUACUUUUUCCUGGUACUCCGACGCCAGAUGUGUUCCAGAGCGAUGCUGUCUCGGUGUAUCUAGGAAUGUCCGGUGGAUACUGCUCAGUGGCUGCGACUUACUGGCCUGUGAGGUUGCUUUGAGCAAAGCUGCAGAGACACAUUCCUCUGUUCACCUUAGAAGUCAGAACGCCGUUCUGUCGGCGUCUGUUCGAUCAUUUUGAGAGUCUCCCCACGGUGACUGUUUCUGCGGUUUCCGGCUUUUAUUUUCUCGGCUGAAUGUGAAAGGAGACGGUUUGGGAACGCACGAGGGCCAGUGGUUCGGUCUGUCUGUUUCUCUGUGUUUUAGUUAUUAAAAGGAAUUCUGUGCCCAGAGGGACACGGAGGAGUCCUGUGCAUUUUUGCCGUCUCAGACGCGGCAGCAGGAGCCCGCUGGCCUGCGGGGGUGCAGGUGUCAUCCCGGGAGACCCCUUCCCGGGGGCCCGUGGGCACGGGGACGUGUUCCUGGGGUCCGGCUGGCCGGGCAGCAGCCCGACUCGGCGGGGACACCUGACCUGCGUAGGCCGCGCGGGGGGCAGAGCCAGGCUUUCCCUGAAUCCAGCAGCCGGGGGCGGGGCCCCCCGGGAACGGCGCCCUCCGAGACGGGCCGUUCGGGGUCCGACCGGCCCCUGUCUUCCCCUGGGCGCCAGUGUUGUAUGGGUUUGUGGGUGUCAGUUCGACCAUCGUAUUUAAUAUGAUUUGUGUUUUCUUAUUUAUUUAGCCAAUGUGUUCUGAUCCGCUCUCUCCCCGCCCAGUGACGACUUCCGCAUGGCCUCUCCUGAGUCGCCUCCUGACUGUUACGCUCUCUACUACCUCUACCGAUCUGCUGUUUCCUCGUUUCGUAACAGGACGUUACAGUGUUGGCGUCAGACGCCACUUAGACAGUAAAGGGUCUGGUUGUCCACCCCGCGGCCCCUCCGCGCGGCUCCCGCACUUUCUCCUGCUGCUGGUCUCGCUCCUCCUCCCCCGCUCGCACCUCUUCCUCGUGGCUGAACUCAGAUAACACAAGCGACGCGCUCACAGGAGUCCCUCAGGUUACCACUCACUCGUGUUCCUUAACUUGAAGAAUGAACAUUUCAGUUCUCUGAAAAGUCCACUUUUGGCAUCUUUCCUGGGCGGCCGGCAGCGGCCCCGUCACCCUCCUGCCUGGUUCCUAGACGGCCUGCGGGCCGUUGCCCUGGGCGGGGUUCACCUGGGGCACAACGCAGUGCAGGUGUUCAUGUCAAGUGGAUUUUACCUUUUGGGUUUUGGAAAGUAUUAAAGGCUUGAAGAGAUUACCCCAACACUGACUGACUUAUUUUUUAAACCAAGGAAGGCACUCGUUUCUUGAAGUGCCUCCGGGGCCAGCUUGGGGGUUACACGUGGCCCUUGGGUGAGGUCAGGGGGCAUCGACUGUGCCCUGUGGGUCACAUUCGGCCCCUCUGUCACAGGCUGCACAGUGCUGCCCGUGUGCACACAGCUCUAAUAAUUCGGCACGCCUCUGGGACGUAGCCUGGGAUGCGGCAGGUCCCAGGGGACCUGCCCAGAGUUCAAGUGUAGCUCACGGGAUGGGUGUCUGUCUCCUGGGCCACAGGAAGUGACUGCGGUUCUCUGCCUGCCGGCAGGACUGUGCACCCCUGGGGUUUCGUGGCCAGAUCCUCCUUCCUUAUCUUCUAUCUGUAAAACAGGCAAAUUACCGCCCCGAGAGGUUCCAAGGAUCACGAACCAGGACUGCAUUUGUUUGACUUCAUUUUUCCACUGGCAAAACGUCCACGAGUCUGAAGCGGCAUAUGUGGUUUUACUGCUUUUAACUUGAGUGAGUUCUAAUCACAGAACAUUCUAUACACUAAGCAAAAGGAGAGGAAAAAACCACAGGCCAGGACUGGGAGUGACAGUUUAGGUGCCCGGUGGCGCGUGUGUGUGAGGCCCACACGUGGGGAAAUGUUCAUUCUUCAACUUGCUAACGAUGCUUCGAGGCAGUAAGAUGCGAGAGACCAUAGAAUUUGUAUUUCUUUUUUAAAAUACAAUUUAUAACAUUAUAUUUUGUACUCUUUAUAUUAGAAUUUGUAACUAGAUUGAUGUAUUUAACUCUAUUUCUGAAAAAAUAAUUCAGUGUUUCAGUUGUGUGAUAAAACUAUUUAGAUAAAACAUACUCAUUCUAUUGGAAUUUGAAAUCAAUAAAAACGUCUUGGAGUUCUCCGCUUUGUAA